AUGGAGGAGGCACCCAUGGAGCAGGGCGUGAAGUGGGCGACGGAGCUGAUUGACCAGAAGCUGGAGGAGCAGGAGCGGCUCAAGAGCCAGGCCCCCGAGAUGCCGCCAGCAGUGGCGAGAAUGGACACGCCGGAGCUGGAGGACGAGAAGCGCCGCGGCCCCAUUCACUGGGGCAUCGAGGGGCUCAAGGGCCAGGGGCGGGAGCGGAAGAGCUCACUGGACCUGCGCCGGGAGAUCCUCCACGUGGGCGGCAUCCAGUACCUCUUCGAGCUGUGCAAGACGCGCCGGAAGCGCAGGGAGGAGAAGGCGGUGCCGGAGCCGGAGCCGGAGGAGAUCGUGGGCCCCGUGGAGGAGGAGGCGUUCCUGAGGGCAGCUGUGCAGGGCAAGAUCCGGGUCAUUGAGAAGUUCCUGGGGGACGGGGGCUCCCCUGACACCUGUGACGAGUUCCACCGGACGGCCCUGCACCGCGCCUCGCUGGAAGGGCACCUGGAGAUCCUGGAGAGGUUGCUGGACCAUGGCGCAACCGUGGAUUUCCGAGACCGGCUGGACUGCACGGCCAUGCACUGGGCCUGCCGGGGGGGGCACCUGGACGCCGUGAAGCUGCUGCAAGACCGAGGCGCUGACCUCAACCUGAAAGAUAAGCUCAUGAGCACCCCCCUGCAUGUGGCGACCCGAACUGGGCAGACGGAGAUCGUGGAGCAUCUGAUCAACACAGGGGUGGAUGUCAACUCCCGGGACAGGGAGGGGGACAGCGCGCUGCAUGACGCCGUGCGGCUCAACCGCUACAAGAUCAUUAAGAUGCUGAUCCUGUACGGGGCGGACAUGAUGGCUCAGAACCUGGCAGGAAAGACCCCCACGGAUCUGGUGCAGCUCUGGCAGGCAGACACCCGGCAGGCGCUGGAGACGCAGGAGCCUGGCGAGACGGAGGCCCUGGCGUGA